AAAACAAAUGGGUUGAAAAAAACAACACAUGCGUCAUGAGAAAAAGGUCAGGUGGCUUUAGACAAGGCUUUAGACACUCGUGAGUUUGCUCACCAGUUGCGCACAAAGCUAUGUCAAAAACAAUAUUUACUCUCAUAAAAAUGCACAUAUGAUGCUAUAUGGAGAGAGGGGCGGAGCCGAACAUUGGAAUAUAAACUGACCACAGCGUUACCGAUUGACAGGCACACGAGAGAGACCACACUAUAACGCCUGUUACAACUUCGGCUUUGCUUAAUAGAUAUCUGUUUGUUUCAUACAGAAGAAACACCUGCAGCCUAUCAUCUAUUCCCCCAAAUUUACCGACAUGGACGUUUUAAAGUUUGUGGUUUUGAUAGUUGCAGUUUUUGCGCAGGUUUACUGUGCCCUGGGAACCCCAACCAGCGACGAUGGAGAUAUUUGGUCGAUUGAAAACUGGCAGAGGGAUCCGUUGGAGAGUGGCUUGGCCUUCGGCGUGGCUGACCUCACCAAGAGGUCCGAAUUGCAGCAGUUUCAACAACUCGUGGGGAAAAGCUCAGGGAAUAAAGCAGACAUGUUUAUUGGACUCAUGGGUCGAAGGUCCUCAAGUCGAGAGUCACAGGAGGAAUGGAACAAGCCCCAGUAUUACUAGAGAUGAAGUUAUGAACUUGAUUGUUCAAAGUUACUGUAAUAAUCAAUGUUGCUCAAAUUAUUAAUCUAGGUCAAAGCAAUCCAAUACAUGCAACAAAGCUUAAUUGAUGUAACAUAAGUAAGGAAUGUGUAAUGAGGGUCAAUAAUUAUUUGACCCGUGUGUUUAAAAACUGUGUCAGGGAUUUGCUGCAACUAAUUGACAUUGUAUGCCUUCCUUAACUAUAUCAUUCUGUACUCUCCUUUGCAAUACAAGCUGCUUGUCAUGUUCAAUCAAGUAUUUUGUUGUUGUUGCAUAAUAUUAGAUGGCUUGUUAUGCAUACAAACAGGUAUAUUUAUCUAACUUAAGAUAAUUCACGUGUCAUCACUGAGAGCAUUACUGAACUUCAAGAUUCAUUAAUAGUGGAAAAAAGGAUUUGCUUUUCUGUGCUUCAUAUGAAAUGCUGAUAAUUUGUCAGUGAACCCCUACACAUGCUGCCCCAGAAAGAACACCUUGCACACAGGAUCAAGACAUUUUGGAGUUCAGAUUUAUUGGAGAAGAAGCAAGUACAAAAGCAGGUGCACACAACUUAUCUACAUAUUAAUGCUGUACAGAGGUACUGCUGACUGCUGUGUAGCUACAGUGGUCUACUGCUCUUUUGAUAGCUUAUUGAAGAACAACUGCUUGUAUGAAGGUGAACGUUAUGACCACGCACACUGGUUUCAGGUAAACCGAGCUGUUCUGGAGUUGCUUUCUAUAGCUGCCAUGACUGGCACAGGAGGAAGCAUCAAGACAACACAGACCACAGCAACAUGUUGGGAGGCAAAAUAUGAAAGGCAGAGGUAAAGGAAGAUAAUUGUUUGUGGGAAAUUAACAGUUGACCUGUUGUAGCAGUGUUCUCAGGUUCCAAUAAAAUAUACAGUGAAAUGAG